AUGCGAGAACAACAAGAAAACAAUCAUAAGAAACAAACAUUCAAUUUAAUAGAAGAUAUCUGUUUCAAACGAAUAUUUAAUGCACUUAGUAAUUGGUCAACAGCCGAUGUUCGUACAGUGCCUAAUGUAAUGUAUCAACUUCGUUGUGGUAGUGAUGAAAAUGAUGAAACAAUUGAAUAUCAAAUCAACUGGUUUAUUGAUUGUGCUGAAACACACAUUCAUAAUCAUCGAAAUUCAUUUUAUACAUAUUGUUUAGAAGGUGAAUAUGAAGAAAAAAUUUGGAAGAUAAUUGAUGAUAAUGAUGGCACGGUUACUUAUCAAUUUACCCGAAGUGCAGCUGAUAGUAUCAGUAUGGGUAAACCAAUACCUGGUACUCUUCGUCAUGUAGAUUCUCGAUAUCAUUUUCCUGGUAAUAAAAUGCAUGUUGAUACUGAAUCAUUUCAUUCAGUUACGCCGAUUAUUGAUUCAGAUCGACGUGUCUUGACAUUUUUGAUUAAGAAAAAGUAUUCAACACCAAUCGACACAUUUGUACUUAGUUCUGAACCUUAUUUCAAUGGAUUGAAUGAUGAAAUACGAUCAGCAACCAAUGAUGAACGUCAUGAAAUACAUGAAAAACUUGUUCAAGUACUAAGAAAAAGUCAAUUGAUCUCGAAUCAUAAUAUGAACUUUCUACAUGAACGCAUUACUGGUUAA